AUGGACACCUACCAAACGCCACUUUCAAGUCGUUAUGCAAGCAAAGAAAUGUCGCAUCUCUUCUCGAGCGCAAUGCGUUUUCAUACUUGGCGCAAGCUGUGGUUGAAUCUCGCCAUCGCCGAGAAAGAGUUGGGUUUACCUAUCUCAGACGAUGCGAUCACUCAAAUGAAAAACAAUCUAUGGCUCGAUGAAGAUCAAUUCAAAGUUGCCGCAGCAGAAGAAAAGAAGAGACGCCAUGACGUGAUGGCGCAUGUACAUACGUUUGGAACCGUCGCACCGCAGCGGCGCCUAUCAUUCAGUUACCUUGGAGCUACCUCAUGCUAUGUGACAGAUAAUGGUGAUCUCAUCCUACUGCGGGAGGCGUGCGAUUUGUUGCUCUCCCGACUGGCAAUAGUUAUCGACCGAUUGGCCAAUUUUGCAAAUGAGUAUAGAGCACUGCCUACUCUUGGGUUCACCCAUUUCCAACCAGCACAGCUGACCACGGUCGGCAAGCGUGCAACCUUUGGAUCCAGGAACAUUUCGCGAGCAAGAGACGACCUUGGUUUCCGUGGUGUAAAGGGAACUACAGGCACGCAGGCCUCGUUCUUGACCCUUUUUGACGGAGACCACCAAAAAGUUGUCGCACUGGACAAACGUGUAACAGAGCUCCUCGGGUUUCCGUUUGCAUACCCAGUCACCUCCCAGACCUACUCCCCGACCAAGAUCGCCACAGACCUCAGGUUGCUUGCAAACCUCAAGGAGAUAGAAGAACCAUUCGAGAAGGACCAGAUUGGGUCGAGUGCAAUGGCGUAUAAACGUAAUCCUAUGCGAUGCGAACGGAUAUGCUCUCUGGCAAGACACUUGAUGGUCCUUCCUCAGAAUGCACUCAUGACGAGUGCUGGCCAAUGGUUUGAGAGGACUUUGGAUGACAGCGCGAAUCGCCGGGUUUCUAUCCCCGAGGCGUUCCUCACCGCAGACAUCGUUUUAAGCACGCUCCAAAAUGUUCUGGAAGGGUUAGUGGUAUACCCUAAAGUAAUCGAACGCCGGAUUUCCCAGGAGCUUCCAUUUAUGGCGACUGAGAAUAUCAUUAUGGCAAUCGUGAAGGCGGGUGGCGAUCGCCAGGUAGCUCAUGAACAAAUUCGUGUGCUGUCCCACCAAGCCGCACGUGUGGUCAAAGAAGAGGGCGGUGAAAAUGACUUGAUUAAGCGAAUCAAGGCAGAGCCCUUCUUUGCACCAAUCGUUCCUCAGCUCGAUACCCUAUUAGACCCAAAGACUUUUAUUGGGCGUGCGCCAGAACAAGUUGACUCUUUCCUGGAAGAGUGGGUCGCUCCGCGCUCAGUAAAUGGCAGGAUGAAAUCAAGGGUGCCCAGAAAGUAG